AUGCCGAAGAAAUUUGUGGGUGAGAAUAGCAAAGCUGUGGCUGCCAGAGCUCGCAAAGCAGCUGCAAAAGAGGCUGAGCAUUCCCGAAAAGCUCAGGAGGCUGAGGACAAAGCUUGGGAGGAUGAUGACAAACAAAUUCAGAAGAAGAAACAGAAACAGGAGGAACUGGAGAGAAAGCGUCUCCAACAAUUGGAAAAGAAGGCGGAGGCCAAAGCUCUGCUCGAGCAAGAAUUGGCGACAAUAAAAAUAGGUGGUAAGCAGUCAGCAGCAAAAAUUUCAAGAGCAGAGAUAAUGUCAGCUACCGAAAAGCGAAAUCAAGUUGCCAUGAAGAAGAAGGAGGAGGAGAAACCCAUUGAGGAGAAUCUUAAUAGAAUCGUUCUCGAAGGAGAAACAGCUCACGGAAUUGACGAGGCACUCUCAAUCCUAAGUGUAAAAGAUCCAGAGAUUGAUCGUCAUCCCGAGAAACGAGUGAGAGCAGCUUACCUCAGCUUUGAGGAGCGCAUGAUGCCGAUAAUAAAGGAUCAAAAUCCAACUCUGAGACUUAGUCAGCUCAAACAGAUACUCAAGAAAGAAUGGAUGAAGUCACCUGACAAUCCUCUGAACCAGAGGCUCAUGAAUAACUGAACCAAAACAAACUAAUAAAGUAUAAAAUCAAUAA